GGAAGAGAGUAUUAAAGAGAAGAAUGAUGAGAAAGUGCACUCUAGAACUCCCACUUUCCCCAGCCUCAGCUUCUUCUGAAUCCACGGAUUUCCACAGCCAAUCUGAGGCUUGCUCAUCAAGAAGAGACCAGAUCACAGUAUUACACAACAUGCGAUCCGUCUGCAUUUGUGAUGCAACUGAACUUCAGGCAAUAAUCAUCCUUUGGCUUGCAAGAAGAGAAGUGGACGAUAAAUUGUCUAACUUCACAGGUGCAGUACCAUCCAUCAUGAAAGUUCAGUUACACAGUUCUUCAGGCUUGUCAUUAAGGAAAUCGCUCCAGAGGUUUCUCCAGAAGAGAAAAGACAGAAUUCAAUCAGCUACUCCUUACAAGCACAAAUUCCUUUGAAAUUGUGGAGCAUAAUUAAAUAAA